AUGGCUGACGUUUUACAGGACAAACAAAGAAAAAAAAGAAAGUUAAACUUUACACUUUCUGAAGUAAAUAUAUUGUUGAACAAAGUAGAGGAUAACCUAGAAGUUAUACAGUCCAAAUUAACCAAUGCAAUUACAAAUAAACGCAAAAAUGCGGUUUGGGACGCGAUCACACGCGAUAUAAAUGCGGCGGGAGUGGCAAAUAGGACGGUAAACGAGGUAAAAGAGAAGUGGAAAAAGCUGACGAGCGGCGCUAAAAAAUCUUUUGCCCUCAUAAAGAAACAACAACAGGGUACAGGUGGUGGCCCUCCGCCAAAAGAAGCAUCUCCGGUAGAAGAGAGAGUAAUCAAAUUGUUUGAAAACACGCCUCUGUUCACGGGACUAGAUGGGUUUGAGACAGCUGCAGAUAAUGCAUAUGAAACGGUGACCGCUCUGAGCAAUUCCGCUUUCGCAUCGCCAUCGUCACACUCUAGCAUCAAUGACAUCGAACUGAUCGAAGAUCCUUCCCCGAUACCUCCUUCGGUAUUGUUGGCUGAAGAUGAAAAGGAUGAAGAGCCGACAAAUAUGAACAUCCCUCCCUCGUUGCCGGUACCAUCUCGUAUGUUGCCAGCCCUACCUGGCCCGAAAAAGAGUGAUAACCGAAAGAGGACAACAAACCAAGAUGUAUUGCAGUUGCAAGUAGAGGUACUUACUCUGCAAAAAGAGGUAUUGGCUUUGAAAAAGCAAAAACUUCAAAUCCAAAUCCAGAACAUGAAAGGUUAA